AUCGGCUCAACCUUCCAAGCGUGCUGGUACUGAACAGCUGUGGCAUAACCUGUGCAGGGGAUGAGAAUGAAAUCGCUGCCUUCUGUGCUCAUGUGUCUGAGCUAGAUCUUUCUGACAAUAAACUGGAAGACUGGCAUGAGGUCAGUAAAAUUGUGUCCAACGUUCCCCACUUGGAGUUUCUAAACUUGAGUUCCAACCCUCUCAGUUUGUCCGUUUUAGAGAGAAGGUGUGCUGGGUCUUUCGCUGGUGUUCGCAAACUUGUGCUCAACAACAGCAAAGCUUCCUGGGAAACAGUCCACACAAUCCUGCAGGAAUUACCAGACUUGGAGGAGCUCUUCCUGUGCCUUAACGACUAUGAAACAGUGUCUUGUUCUCCAGUUUGCUGUCAGUCUCUCAAAUUACUCCACAUAACUGACAAUAAUCUUCAGGACUGGACUGAAAUUAGAAAAUUGGGAAUUAUGUUUCCAUCACUGGACACACUUAUUCUGGCUAACAACAACCUCACGACCAUUGAAGAGUCAGAAGAUUCCCUAGCAAGGCUGUUCCCCAACCUGCGAUCCAUCAAUUUGCACAAGUCAGGUUUGCAUUGCUGGGAAGACAUUGACAAGUUAAAUUCUUUUCCCAAGCUCGAGGAAGUGAAAUUGUUAGGAAUCCCUUUGCUGCAGUCCUACACCACUGAGGAACGCAGGAAGCUGCUAAUAGCCAGGUUGCCAUCUAUCAUCAAGCUCAAUGGAAGCAUUGUUGCCGAUGGGGAGCGAGAGGACUCAGAGCGAUUCUUCAUCCGAUAUUACAUGGAGUUCCCAGAGGAGGAAGUCCCAUUCAGGUAUCACGAGCUGGUCACGAAGUACGGGAAGCUGGAACCCUUGGCAGUCGUGGAUCUUCGGCCACAGAGCAGCGUGAAGGUGGAGGUUCACUUCCAGGAUAAGGUGGAAGAGAUGUCGAUCCGUCUCGAUCAGACUGUGGCAGAAUUGAAGAAGCACUUAAAAACUGUGGUGCAGUUGUCAACCAGCAACAUGCUGCUCUUCUACUUGGACCAGGAAGCUCCCUUUGGUCCCGAGGAAAUGAAAUACAGCUCGCGAGCACUGCAUUCUUACGGCAUUCGGGAUGGGGACAAAAUUUAUGUGGAGCCCAGAAUGAAAUAGCCUCUUUUGACGUUGUGAGUGCACGCACGUGCACACAUCUGCCCCCACACACCCACACACAUGCAUUAAGGAGUUUUUGCAAGGUUUUUAUUUCGGUCGGUUGGUUGAGGUUUGGUUGUGUUUCUGUAGCAGGUAAUUUCGUAGCCCGGAGGGAGUGCCCUGAUCUGAGAACCAUGCCCACCAUCCACUGCAGGUGACCUUGAGGUGACAAUUGACUUCAGUGCGUGUGUUUCAGUGUGUGCAAUACCUUGAUGUUUUCUUCGAUGCUCCGGUAUACUCGUGAUUUGGC